ACACAAGCAGCAUUUGAGCAAUUCGGGAUUUUUUUCUGCUUUGUCUAUAAAUAGAGUUCAUGGAAUUCUGCAUGUCAAAGUUAAUGCAAUGAAAAGAAGUCACAGAGUAUGGAAAUAAACCUUAACUCAUUCUAUAAACUAAGAAACAUGUUUGGCAUCAGGAGGCCGUAUAAACGCUGUCAUUACUUGGAUGGAUUCUGAGGUCUUAUUUAGCAUAUGAAAUUGCAGAGCAGAUCCUAUUAUGUAAGGAGAUAGGAGGACAGCAUAAUGUGGCUAUAAACUGAAGAACUUUGUGCCCUUCAGGGAAGAGUUAACAGGAUAGAUAUACGUAGAGAUGUGUGAUAAGAAUGUGGAAAAUGAAUGAAUGGGUGGCAUAUAUAUGUGACUGUUGCUGAAGCCGGGUUGCUGGAUAAUCCUCAGAUGUCAGAUUUCCGUAAGGCCAACAUGUGACUCAAAGCUUGCCACUCAACAGAGAAUACUGGGCUGUGCUGGUAUUAAGAGGCUGGCUGGAAGCUAGGCUCCCACUGUGCACUAGCCUAACUCCCUGUCGUUUUCUGUGUGUGGGUGGGUGUGCAUGUGUGUGUGUGUGUGAGGGUAUACAUUUUUAUGCAGUGGGUGUUUAAAGAGCUAAGCACUGAAGCUGGAUUUCCACAAACGAUCAUCACGAGCACUCCAGACAAACCAAACUUCCUCUCUUGGAUGGAGGAUGAAGCUGUCCUGGACAGAGGAGCCUCCUUCCUUAAACAUGUGUGUGAUGAAGAAGAAGUAGAAGGCCACCACACCAUCUACAUUGGGGUCCAUGUGCCGAAGAGCUACAGGAGAAGGAGACGCCACAAGAGAAAGACAGGGCACAAAGAAAAGAAGGAAAAAGAAAGAAUAUCUGAGAACUACUCUGAUAAGUCAGAUGUGGAAAAUGCAGAUGAAACCAGCAGCAGCAUCCUCAAACCUCUCAUCUCUCCUGCUGCAGAACGUAUCCGAUUCAUCUUGGGUGAGGAGGAUGACAGCCCCGCACCCCCUCAACUCUUCACCGAACUGGAUGAGCUACUGGCCGUGGAUGGGCAGGAGAUGGAGUGGAAGGAGACAGCGAGGUGGAUUAAAUUUGAAGAAAAAGUGGAACAGGGUGGGGAAAGAUGGAGCAAGCCCCAUGUGGCCACAUUGUCCCUUCACAGCUUAUUUGAGCUGAGGACAUGUAUGGAGAAAGGAUCCAUCAUGCUUGACAGGGAGGCUUCUUCUCUUCCACAGUUGGUGGAGAUGAUUGUUGACCAUCAGAUUGAGACAGGCCUAUUGAAACCUGACCUUAAGGAUAAGGUGACCUAUACUUUGCUCCGGAAGCACCGGCAUCAAACCAAGAAAUCCAACCUUCGAUCCCUGGCUGACAUUGGGAAGACAGUCUCCAGUGCAAGUAGGAUGUUUACCAACCCUGAUAAUGCCCGCAGCCCGCUUGAGAACUCAGUGCCCUGCCUAGCAACCCGCACCCUGGACGAUGACCCCCGAGUGCGGCGCACUCCCAGCGUGGGAUGGCUAAGUAGCCCAGCCAUGACCCAUAGGAAUCUGACUUCCUCCAGUCUGAAUGACAUUUCCGAUAAACCAGAGAAGGACCAGCUGAAGAAUAAGUUCAUGAAAAAACUUCCACGUGAUGCAGAAGCCUCCAACGUGCUUGUUGGGGAGGUUGACUUCUUGGAUACUCCUUUCAUUGCCUUUGUUCGGCUCCAGCAGGCGGUCAUGCUGGGUGCCCUGACUGAGGUCCCUGUGCCCACAAGGUUCUUGUUCAUUCUCUUAGGUCCUAAGGGGAAAGCCAAGUCCUAUCAUGAGAUCGGCAGAGCCAUUGCCACCCUGAUGUCUGAUGAGGUGUUCCAUGACAUUGCUUAUAAAGCUAAAGACAGGCAGGACCUGAUUGCUGGUAUCGACGAGUUCCUCGAUGAAGUCAUUGUUCUUCCACCUGGGGAAUGGGACCCAGCAAUCAGGAUAGAGCCUCCUAAGAGCCUUCCAUCAUCUGACAAAAGAAAGAAUAUGUACUCAGGUGGAGAGAAUGUUCAGAUGAAUGGGGACACACCUCAUGACGGAGGCCACGGAGGAGGAGGAGGAGGACAUGCAGAUUGUGAAGAAUUGCAGCGAACUGGACGGUUCUGUGGUGGACUCAUUAAGGACAUAAAGAGGAAAGCACCAUUUUUUGCCAGUGAUUUUUAUGAUGCUUUAAAUAUUCAGGCUCUUUCAGCAAUUCUCUUCAUUUAUCUGGCAACUGUAACUAAUGCUAUCACUUUUGGAGGACUGCUUGGGGAUGCCACUGACAACAUGCAGGGCGUGUUGGAGAGCUUCCUGGGCACAGCUGUCUCUGGGGCCAUCUUUUGCCUGUUUGCCGGUCAACCACUCACGAUUUUGAGCAGCACAGGACCUGUCCUUGUCUUUGAGAGGCUUCUAUUCAAUUUCAGCAAGGACCAUAAUUUUGACUAUCUGGAGUUUCGCCUUUGGAUUGGCUUGUGGUCAGCCUUCUUGUGUCUCAUUUUGGUAGCCACAGAUGCCAGCUUCUUGGUUCAGUACUUCACUCGCUUCACAGAAGAGGGCUUCUCUUCUCUGAUUAGCUUCAUCUUUAUCUACGAUGCUUUCAAGAAGAUGAUCAAGCUAGCUGACUACUACCCCAUCAACUCCAACUUCAAAGUGGGCUACAAUACUCACUUUUCCUGUGCCUGUGUGCCUCCUGACCCAGUUAAUAUCUCAAUAUCUAAUGACACUACACCGGCUCCAGAGGAUUGGCCAACUGUUUCUUCUACUGACAUGUACCAUAAUGCUACCUUUGACUGGGCAUUUUUGUCGACGAAGAAGUGUUUGAAAUACGGAGGAAAGCUCGUGGGGAACAACUGUGAUUUUGUUCCUGACAUCACUCUCAUGUCUUUCAUCCUCUUCUUGGGCACCUACACCUCUUCUAUGGCUCUGAAAAAAUUCAAAACGAGUCGUUAUUUUCCAACCACGGCAAGAAAACUUAUCAGUGACUUCGCCAUUAUCUUGUCCAUUCUAAUCUUUUGUGUAAUAGAUGCCCUGGUGGGUGUGGAUACUCCAAAACUAAUUGUGCCAAGUGAGUUCAAGCCAACAAGUCCAAACCGAGGUUGGUUUGUCCCACCAUUUGGAGGAAACCCCUGGUGGGUGUACCUUGCAGCUGCGAUCCCUGCUUUGUUGGUCACCAUUCUGAUUUUCAUGGACCAGCAAAUCACAGCUGUGAUUGUGAACAGGAAAGAGCAUAAACUCAAGAAAGGAGCUGGAUAUCACCUGGAUCUCUUCUGGGUGGCCAUCCUCAUGGUGGUGUGCUCUUUCAUGGCUCUUCCGUGGUAUGUGGCUGCAACUGUCAUUUCCAUUGCUCACAUUGACAGUUUGAAGAUGGAGACCGAGACUUCUGCACCUGGAGAACAACCAAAGUUUCUAGGAGUGAGAGAACAAAGAGUCACUGGAACCCUCGUGUUUAUUCUGACUGGUCUGUCAGUCUUUAUGGCUCCCAUCUUGAAGUUUAUUCCCAUGCCUGUACUGUAUGGCGUGUUCCUGUAUAUGGGGGUAGCAUCCCUUAAUGGUGUACAGUUCAUGGAUCGUCUGAAGCUGCUUCUGAUGCCCCUGAAGCACCAGCCAGACUUUAUCUACCUGCGCCAUGUCCCCCUGCGCAGAGUCCACCUGUUCACUUUCCUGCAGGUGUUAUGUCUAGCCCUGCUCUGGAUCCUCAAGUCCACUGUGGCUGCUAUCAUUUUCCCAGUCAUGAUCUUGGCACUUGUAGCUGUCAGAAAAGGCAUGGACUACCUCUUCUCCCAACAUGACCUCAGCUUCCUCGAUGAUGUCAUUCCAGAAAAGGACAAGAAAAAGAAGGAAGAUGAGAAGAAAAAGAAAAAGAAGAAAGGAAGUCUGGAUAGUGACAAUGAUGAUUCUGACUGCCCAUACUCAGAAAAAGUUCCAAGUAUUAAAAUACCAAUGGACAUCAUGGAACAGCAACCUUUCCUAAGAGAUAGCAAACCUUCCGACAGAGAAAGAUCACCAACAUUCCUUGAACGCCACACAUCAUGCUGAUAAAAUUCCUUUCCUUCAGUCACUCGGUAUGCCAAGUCCUCCUAGAACUCCAGUAAAAGUUGUGCCUCAAAUUAGGAUAGAACUUGAGCCUGAAGACAAUGAUUAUUUCUGGAGGAGCAAGGGAACAGAAACUACAUUGUAACCUGUUUGUCUUUCUUUAAAAUUGACAGUUUUUGUUGUUAAUGUUCUGGGGUUUUGUCUGGUUGUUUAUUUUUUAAUUUUUGUUUUGUUUUGGGUUUUGGUCAUUGGCCAAAUAAUACAGUGCUCACUCUGCUUCUCUCUUGCAUAGGUAAAAUCAAGACCAUACUGCACUGUUCCUUAAAAACAUCUGAAGAAUCCCCUUUUCUUUUCACACUUUCAGAUGUGUCCUCUGACAACCAAAUUCCUCUGUCACUGAAGACACCACACAGACCCUGUCCUUUUCCUUUAUUAAGCAGAGGGCAAAAGUAUUAAGGAUUUUGUAACACCUUUUUAACGUAUUGAAGGAACUUACAACUAGCUUUGGAGCUGUGCUUACUGGCUUGUCUGUCUGCCUGGUAGAAUAAACCUUGACCUCCAGGCAGAGUCCCUUCUUGCUUCUAGAGCUUUCCAGGACUGGAAAAAGUGCUGCAAUGCGAACUUGCUCUUGCUUGUAAGCCCUAAUCUUAGAGUUAUCAAAAGAAGAAAAACUAAAGGUACUUAACUCCCUGUAGAGAAACUGUUGCCAUCAUUGUAGCAAGUGCUGGAAUAUCCCUUUUUCCUAUGCAACUUUUUUUAACCCUUUAAUGAACUUAUCUGUUGAGUACAUUGAAGAAUAUUUUUCUUCGUAGAUUUUGUUGUUUAAAUUAUGGGGCCUAACCUGCAACUUAUUUUUUGUCAAUUUUUUAAACUUUUUUUUAAUUACUGUAAAGAAAAUGAAUUUUUUCCUGCAGCAGGAAACAUAGUUUUGAGUAGUUCUACCUCUUAUUUGUAGCUGCCAGGCUUUCUGUAAAAAUUGUAUUGUAUAUAAUGUGAUUUUUACACACACACACACACACACACACACACACACACACACACACACACACGGAUACACAAUCUCUAAGGUAAGCCAGAGGGCUGGAUCAGAUUAAAAACACCAUGUUUCUAAGCAUCCAUUUUUCCCUUUCUUUAAGAGAAAUUUACUGUUCUAUGAAGAGAUUGGGGAAGAAGGGAGAAGCUCCUAUGUAAUGGGAAUAACUGAUGUUUUGAUAAUAGUAAUAUCCAGACAUAGAUGCUGAUUGUAUUACCAUGUCGAUGUCCUAUGCAGUAUUUUGGACAUUUUUUUCAUUUUGAAAUAUUUGUGUGUUUGUGUACAUACUCUGUGUGUGGCUGGUGCACAUAUGUGCAGAGUUAGAAAAAGACAGAGCGAAGGUAGGCAAUGGACAGUUAUCCAGACCCCUGUGUCAGUUUUCAUAAAACCCAAACCCCAUUAUAUAUGAAAAAUCCAUGAGAGGUCUGAGAGAUUUACCAUUAUGCAAAUAAGGCUAAAUAUAUUUUAUUGCCCAGAUGCCAUCACGGAUCCUACAAAAUUCAUAGAAAUAUUAAUAGACCAUUGACCUAUUUAUAGUGUUUAUGGGAAUGCAGACAGAUCUGCUGAGGUAUGUAUAUAUAUGUGUAUGUAUGUGUGUGUAUAUGUGUAUGUAUGUGUAUGUAUAUAUAUACAUAUGUGUGUAUAUACAUAUAUAUACACACAUAUGUAUAUAUAUACACACACACACAUUUUAACAUUGCUCACACAUGUUUUUUAGGACGGAUACAUUUCAAAGUACCAUACUGAAAAUUAGAAAAAAGAAAAUUGGGUCUUUAGUCACCAAAUUUAGCAUGUUAUUUAAGUGUAAUCUUUUUAAUAGGUUGCAUUAUGUGUUGUGAGUCUGCAUAACUGAAUUCAUAAUUUUGGAUUUAUGUAACCACAUUUGUGAUAUAUCCUAACUAAAACAGGUUGCUGGAGGAGUACCAGAAGCAGGAUGAAGCCAUUUAUUUGGUUUCAAUAUAUGCACAUAGUGACUCCCACUCAUUCUUGUGUUAAUUAAAUUAUAAUUCUGUCCUCUUAAAAUUUUGAUUAUAAAAAUCUUAUUACCCUGAAUUAGCUGUUACUUUUAUAGUAUCUGCUAAUCUUAAAACGUUAAAUUUUAUACAAAUUAGACAUAAAUGACCUGCAAUUUGUUUUCAUUAAAAUGAAAGCAGCAGAUUACGUGUUAUUUGUUAAAACCUUACGCACCAGAUUUUGGCAUCGCGUUUGUAUUUAGAGCUAUCCUUAAAAUGAUUAUACUACCUGGUUUUUCAUUACUCUAAUAUAAAACUAUAUAAGAAGAUUUUCCUUUUUCUUUACCAAGGGAAGCAUCAAAAAAAAUGUCUAAGAGCAUGCAUAAUAAGUUCAGUCUAACCUAUGAUCAUGUUAAAUUAAAGACACCUUUAUUCACUUACAUAAAAGCCCUAGAUAUAAUACUUUAUCUUUCUGAUCAUGAAUCAAGUAUUUCAGGAUCUGUGCCUUUCUCCAUCUCUUUCAAAGAACUCCUGAAGCGACUUAACUCAAUAUUUCAGCCUUUGAGCAGAUCUAAAAGCUAUCUGCACAUCCACUUAUGAUCCAUAUUCUGUGGCAAAAGGUUGAAAUUCAUGAUGUGAAUGCAGUAUAGUACUUUCUGUCUGCUAAAAGUAACAGUUAAUAUCACACCCUUGCAAUAUUUUGGAGCCCAGGGAAACUUUUUAAAAAUCAUUAGUUUCAGAGGAACAGAAGUAGUUACCCAACAAGCAUACAAAACCUGAGGUCCAUACAGAGCCACCAGAUCAUCUGCAUUUCAGCUGAAUUUACUCAUUGUCUGAGGACCAGCCGGAUUUGGCGGUGGUUUUGUUUGUGUAAACUGGACACACAGAAUACAGUACAAAGGUGAAUUUUUCACACAGUGUCAUUCCCCGAUGUGAAUACAGAGACAUGAGUUGUUAGGAGUCCAAGAUGAAGUGUACACUCCCAAGAUGUCAAGCAGAAGUCCUGUGGUUGUACAAACUUACUGUUGAAGAGAUCACUGGGCCAAGAGUUGGCCUUAUCAAAGGAGCAUAAAGGCCUCUCAUUUUGCAUUUGAAAGAAAAUCUCUUGGAGACACUGUUUUCCUUGAUAAAGAUCACUCUUCUUCUGUGUGAGACAAGGACUUGGAAUCCUAACUAUUUUCUGUGCCACAGGCAGUAGUGAUCCUGCCUCUUCUUCCAGUCAAGCAGUGGAGUCAGGGGGUGGGGGACGGAGGCUUAACGAUGUGCAAAAACAAAAACAAAACCCUCUCUAAUGAGCCCCCACCUCAAGAAAUGGGGGAAGGGUGGGAAGAAGUGAUUAUCUGCCAUCAGUAAGUCAGUUUGUGUAUGUUUUAUGCACACGCACCAACACACACAGAGUAAAUCUUUUAUCAGCUAUAUAUUGCUGUAUAAUAUAGAGAACGAUUGUCUUCCGAGUUUUUGGUUCUUUUUUUUUUUUUUAAACUGUGUUAAAGUACUUGAAAUGUAUUGACUGCUGACUAUCCUUUAAAAACAAAACAAAACCAUUUGAGUUGUAUUACAGAGGUUGACAUUGUUCAGGGAUGGGACAAAGCUUUCUUCAAAUCUUUUCAUACCACUUAGUGAUUUUGGUGCAGGAACUUGAGAUUUUCUUAUUUAUUCCAUGAUAUUUCACAUCUACUCUUCACAGCAUGAGCAUAAAGCCCAGUGGCACCAAGUGGCUGAAUACAAUCAAAUGAUAUUUUAUAGCAUUUGACUGGCUGAAGGGCCUUGGGAGUUUUCACAUGAUGAUUUCAUUGAGCUUCAUUGCAGCCUGAAAUUAAAAAAAAAAAAAAGUUUUGGGAUAUAUGCUAGCCAGUCAAGUUGUGUUUUGACCAGAAAUUUGGGUAUGACCUAUUUCUUAGCUCAUUUCUUUGUGCUCUAUGGGUACAUACAAAAAUCCUGAAUUCUGUUUCCCAGGCAGAUAAUUGCAACUCAGGGCUAAAGUCAUCCAGUGAAACUUUUAGAGCCAGAAGUUAACUUUGUCCCAGUCCUACAAUGUGAAAAGAGUGAGUAGUUGCCUCUUUUUUAGCCAUUUUCAUGGCUGGUACAUAUCUGUACACCUUACUUUUCAGAAUCAAUACGCACUUUCAGAUAUUCUUAUUUUUAUUCUCUUAAGUCUUUAUUAACUUUGGAGAAAUGAUGCAUCUUUUUAUUUUAAAUGAAGUAGAUCAACAUGGUGGAACAAAUGAUAAAGAACAGAAAACAUUUCAAUAUAUUACUAAUAAUUUUUUUCCAAUAUAAAACCUAAAAUUCCUAUAACAUUAUAGUAUUUUACAGUUUUAUGAAGCUUUCUAUUGUGACUUUUAUGGAAUUAAGAGAUGAAGAAGAUGAGAUAUUUUAGCAUUUAUAUUUUUCAAAAUUAAAUGUAUACUUAAAAUAAAGUAACUUUAUGCA